GUCUCCUCGCUCUCAGUCUGUGGUAUUGGAUUACGAAAAGAAUACGCUGAGCAAAGCUGAGGCUAACUGCCGCUGAAAAGAUUAAACGAUUACCGCCAAACAGCAAGCUUCACUUUGUUUUGAUCUGUAAUCAAGUGGUGAAGUGGUAGUUGGAAGUGUGAAAUCCUAAUACGAUGAAGGGGUUGCCGCUGUUGGCUUUGGCGAUUAUUUGUCUCUGUGGACAGUCUGGAAUACUUGCUCUGGAAGAAGGCGACCAAUGUCCGUUUCAAACUGGCCAGGGAAUCUGCCUCGGUUAUAGCAACUGUCGUCCUGUUUUGGAAUCUCUGGCUGCCCGAAUCACCAUCUGUACCUACAACGCGCAGGAGGCUGUUGUGUGCUGUCCCCAUGACUACCGAACCCGCAUGGCACAGCUGCAGGCGCAAGACGCGGGAUUGCGAAUCAGUGCUAGAAAAUGUAAGGAAUACAUCAAACUGGCCACGCCCACGCAGAUCCUGAGCUGGCUCAAACCGAACGCCGAGUUGAUCCAGAAACGGGGGAAAAUGUGCAACAGCGAUAACAAGCUGAUCGUGGGUGGCGAGCUGGCUAAACUGGGUGAAUUUCCGCACAUGGCAGCGAUCGGAUACCGGAAGUCGCUGACCGAGCCCAUUGAGUACCGGUGUGGCGGAUCGAUGAUCAGUGAACGGUUUGUGCUGACGGCGGCACACUGUCGCAGCAAGGAAGCCGUGUUGGUCCGGUUGGGUGAUUUGGAUUUGUCCAGCGACAGCGACGGUGCCAAACCGGAGGAUUACGCGAUCGAGGCAUUCAUAAAGCAUCCGAACUAUACGAUACGGACCAAGUACGACGAUAUUGCACUGAUCAAACUGGCGGUGGCGGUGCAGCUGAGCUACCAGAUUCGGCCGGCCUGCCUGUACCAGUCAGAGGAGGUGACGGAGCAGAAGUUGAUUGCGACGGGGUAUGGAGCGGAGGAGAGCUUCGGUCCCAGUGUCAACCAUCUGCUGAAGGUGGUCCUCGAUCGGUUCAGCAGACACGGCUGCCAGCUGCAGUAUCGGGACGUCGUCGGGCAGCCCCUGACGCGGGGCAUCGUCGAUAGUCAAAUCUGCGCGGGCUAUGCGGAUGGUGGACGGGACACCUGCCAGGGUGACUCCGGUGGACCGCUGCAGGUACGGGACGCGGAUAACGAUUGCAUCUUCUACGUGGUGGCCGUCACGUCGUUCGGUAAAUCCUGUGGUACAACUAUUCCGGGUAUUUAUACGCUGGCUUCCUGGUACCUGGACUGGAUCGAGUCCAUUGUUUGGGUUUCAAAUCUGUAAUAAUUAAUAAACUUACUAAAGGUAUCUCGGUACGGUG